GACUGUCAGCUGCCUGCAAUUUGAAGGUUCGAAUCUCACCAGGGUCAAGAUUGACCCAUCCUUCCGAGCAAGAAAUACUAUUAGUUUCGAAGAUGGAAGUGGAAGAGGGAACACAGAUUCUUGAAGUUGAAAUAAACUCUCCGGAAACAAAAUUCAUGAUGGUAUCUUCAAAACAAAAAGUGAAAUGCCAACGACUUCCAAAGAACAUUAAAAAGAGUCUAGAAUCCAAGAUCCAUUGGACAAUAAUAGCUAUUCUCUAUGAAAUUACAAAAGAUUACAACGAAACUGAAAAGCACUUGAAUAUCCUCAAGGAAAGGCUCCUGAAAAGUAUUCAAACUUUGGAAGUUCCUGUGGAUGAGCUGAAUUAUCUGAGCAAUGUAAAAAAGCUUCUAAAAGAAGAAAAGAAAAAGUAUAUUUUAAUGGAAGAAGGAUUGAAGCAUCUGGAGGAAGAAAUAACCAAAGAUUUCUUAACAUUAAAUAGAGUGGAUGAAAAAAUUCAAAUACUUCAGAAGAAAAUAAAAGCAUUAAAACAUGAGCUGACAACAUUAGAAGCAGAAGCAAAUGAGUUAUUUCAUAGAGAUGCUAAUCAUGACCUAGGUCUUCCUGCUCUUUCAAUGGAGUAUUUGAAACUACCUGCUCUUCAGAAUGAGGUUUUGAAGAUUGGAAAUCCACGCGCUCUUCUUUAUGACAUGAAUAUCAUUCAGCAAUCAGAUGAGAUGAAGAAUAUGAUGGCAUUUCUAGAACAAUUAUAUGAAAAGGCAGACCAUCGAUGUACAGAAGAACAUUGAAGUAACCUGUAUCUUUAGUUCCUUUCGUCUUCCAAGGAAAUUUUUGAAAGAAAUAGUUUUCCUAACAUGAUUUGCAUUCUGCAAUUCUCCAUUGACAUUGUGGAAAUUUUGGAUGUAAUUAAGAAAAUAUAAUCUACGAUUUUAUUGGGGAAAAGAUAUCAAGAGAUAGGCUUUUCAGUAACAAGCUAGUCCCAUUCUUUUGACUGUAACUACCAUUAAGAUUUGAUGCAAAACUCUUCAUGUUGAUCAGAUGACAAAAUAAGUUUUUAAAAGCCUUUUGACCAGUAUUCCACAUAAGGCUACUUACUACUAUAUAAUACCAAACAGAAAAUUUCCUCUGGUUUUGGGUUGUAGUUUCUUUUUGAAUAUGCUGGUGUAAUUUAGAUGCAAGCAGACCUGCUGCUUGAGAAACAUGUACAAAUGCAGAUAACAACAUUUAAUUACUUCAUUGGCAAGCUGAUUUAAGCAUAAACAAGUUUUCACUGGAGACUUAUGACUCAGUUAAACUCAGAGAUAAUGAGCAACAAGUUUCUGGCUCUGAAAAAUCAAAGGGUAGGAGUUUAUUUUUCCCCUGCCUCCUGGAACUGGAUAUUUGUCAUCUACAAAUUUUUGUGGAUAUGGGUAAAGAAUAUAAUCUGCUUACUUAGGAGGCUAAUGCUCCAGGAUUCUUAAAUAUGGUUUCUUUCACUCUGCUCCUUUAGCUGCAGAGUAUUAUACAGCAGGUUGAGGUGUCUUUCUUCACUUGGAAUUGUAUCUGAGAAAAAGAGAAAGCGUAUCAAAACAACACUAAGCUCAACCAGCAUUAUUACUUUUUGGGAACCUAUAAUACUUCAAUUUCUAGAUCUUAAAUGGAAAAAGCACUUGCUUCUUCCAUUUUUGUCUUUAGAAAUAGGUCUAGGGGGAAAAGGUGGCAUUAGAUUAAUCAUUAUGUCAUUCUCUUAAAUUGUUGCUAAAUGAGUUGUUCACUUGGCCACCAAAGGUAAGUCUUUGCUCCUUCCAAAUGGUGGGUGGGAGAAAAUCUUUAAAGUAGACUGUGCUUAUUGUCUUUGUUCUCCCUUUAGAUAUCAAGCAAUAUCAUUGGUUGCUUGAAGUAUCCCAGUUAAUACUGAACAUUAAGAUGCCCAAUCACAUCUAAUGAGAAUGUUAAAUUUAUUUCUAUAUUUAAAAAGACCAAUCUUUUUAAUUAACGCAUUGUAAGCCGCCCUGAGUCUCCGGAGAAGGGCGGCAUAUAAAUCAAAUUUAAAAAAAAAAUCUUGUAUAUAAUCAAGCAAUAGACCUGCUAUUGGCUCUUGCCUGGCCUUUGAAGUAUAAUUGGUUCUCAUGGAUAUUGAAAUUAAUACUUAAAAGUAGGAGAAGCCUAAAAUUGAACUAUUUUAAUUAUAGGGUAUCAUUCUUCACUGAUUACCAUUGAAAGAAAAUAAUACCUGAUUCUCCUUGGAUUUAAGAACAAGUUUAGGGGAUAAUUCUCUUUCUCAGGGUUGUGUUCCUCUCUGUUAAUUUUCAAGGGAUAUUCGUUUUUGGAAAAUAAGACAAAUUACUGUCGUUAGAACCUUGGCCUAGAUGUCCUUUUUCAUUUUUUUUUUUUGAAAGAGUUGUAUAUUUUAAAAAUAAACAUGCUUUUUUGAUGCAACCCUAAAGAAUACUGUGUUGUCAGUGAGAUAUCUUUAUAAUUUAUUUACAUGUUUCUGUGAGGAAAACCUACAGUAGUCUGAUUUCCAGAGCUAAAAUUUUAUGUAUGGUUAUUAUAUAAGGGACAUCAGAAGCCUAAGUAAGGGAGGCAUAUUUGAGAGACAGAUUUUAGCUGAAGUGUGUAAAUACAUUUUCUAUAAUAGAAUACUGUAUUUUAAUUUUUCAGUCUGUGUGAUGUGUUUGUAUUCUGCAAUGAUUUUGUAGCACUCUGGGAUAAAGAUUUAAGUCACUAGUAUGUAGACCUAUGUAAAUUGUCAAGGACAAUUUGGCUGUAGCAGCUGUUUACAAGAAGCAAAAUAAUAUUGCCUUAAAAUAAUCAAAAAGAAGGUGUUUACUGCCUAAUAGGGAAACUUGUACUGCUUUUUAAAAUUUCAGUUUAGAUUAAAUAUAAAUAUUUUAACUAUAAAAAAUUUUCUACAGACAUGCAGUUACUUUAGAUAGACCACAACAAUCGUCCUAUAUUCCAUAAUAAAUUCUAGAAACAA